UCAGUUCGGUUUUCUUGGGUCAUUGGAGUUCGUGUUAAGGAAAAAUGGCGCACAUGUAAAUAACACGACACAACGCUGAUCUCGGCUCCUCUUGUGCAUGUGCCCUCUCUCACUUUCUCUCUCUUCCUCUGCUAUACUCUUUCAACUCUACGUACCACUAGUCACUACCGCACCAGUACUUCCUAUCAUCCCGUCUUUCUCUCUCUAAACUCGAUUCAGUUGCAGAAAAUCAAGGCAGAAGAAAGUCGGAGAUCUUUACCGACUGAAUCGUCGGGUCUUUGUUCCGCCAAACCCGAUCCCAAUAAUGUCCACCACUAAAGCCUCGCUCAAUCCUCUCGUCGCCUUUGAGCACAAGAGGGACGCUUAUGGCUUUGCUGUGAGACCUCAGCAUCUUCAGAGAUACCGGGAAUAUGCAAAUAUUUACAAGGAGGAAGAGGAGGAAAGAUCAGAUAGAUGGAAUUCAUUCCUGGAACUCCAAGCAGAGUCUGCUCUAUUGCCCGUCAAUGGGGAAUCUAAGGUAGAAGAUAAAAAAUCUUUGCAAAAAGGAAUUUCAGAGCAGGAAGAAGAUGCUAGUUUGGAGAAAGAAGUUGCUGGAGAUGGUGGCGAUGAGCCUGGUUCCAAUGAUUCAACAGAAAGUGUUUCUAAUAAAGUGGAAGAGCCAGCUACUAAAGGGACAAAAAUUCAUAGGAUCCAGAUAUGGUCUGAGAUUAGACCAUCUCUUCACGCCAUUGAAAAUAUGAUGAGCACUCGCAUGAAGAAGAAAAACAAUGUAUCAAAAGAUGAGCAGGACAUUGAAACAGGGAAGCCUCUUCCUUCUAUUGACGAGGCUAAAUCACCAAAAGGAGCAUUUGAGGAAGAUUCAGAGGAUGAGUUUUAUGAUGUCGAGAGGUCAGAUCCAAUUCAAGAUGCCCCUUCAAGUGACAGCAUGGGUUCCUCUGCUGUAGGUGGUGCAUCUGAUGGGGUACCAAUAGAAUCUUUAUUUCCUUGCAGAGAAGAGUUGGAAGUUCUUGUUCGCGGGGGAGUGCCAAUGGCUCUCAGGGGAGAGCUUUGGCAAGCCUUUGUGGGUGUAAGAGCACGGCGAGUUGAGAAAUAUUACCAGGAUCUACUAACUUCAGAAACUAAGGGUAGCAAUAAUGUGGAACAAGAUGUCUCAGACUCAGACAAUAAGACCAAGGGUUCAGGUACAGGUUGUGCACCUGAAAAAUGGAAAGGGCAGAUUGAAAAGGAUUUGCCUCGAACAUUCCCAGGUCAUCCAGCAUUGGACGAGGAUGGUAGAAAUGCUUUGAGGCGUCUACUUACUGCCUAUGCACGGCAUAAUCCCUCCGUUGGAUAUUGCCAGGCAAUGAACUUUUUUGCUGGCUUGUUACUACUUCUUAUGCCUGAGGAGAAUGCGUUUUGGACCUUGAUGGGCAUUCUUGAUGACUAUUUUGAUGGCUAUUACUCAGAGGAAAUGAUAGAAUCUCAAGUAGAUCAACUCGUUUUUGAGGAGUUGGUGCGUGAGAGGUUUCCUAAAUUGGGUUUGUGUAUUCUAUGCUAUGCCCAUGGUUUUUUUAUGACACAUAUUGCACAGAAACUGAUUUCAACUUACCCAUCAUUUGCAGUAAACCAUCUGGAUUACCUGGGAGUGCAGGUGGCAUGGGUGACAGGACCAUGGUUUCUUUCCAUUUUCAUGAACAUGCUUCCUUGGGAAAGUGUUCUUCGAGUAUGGGAUGUGCUUCUUUUUGAAGGAAACCGUGUCAUGCUAUUUAAAACUGCACUUGCUUUGAUGGAAUUAUAUGGCCCUGCAUUGGUUACAACAAAGGAUGCUGGAGAUGCAGUCACUUUGUUACAAUCACUGGCUGGCUCUACAUUUGACAGCAGCCAACUCGUAUUGACUGCCUGUAUGGGCUACCAAAAUGUAAAUGAAACUAGGUUACAAGAGUUGAGAAAUAAACAUCGUCCAGUUGUGAUAGCUGCAAUUGAGGAAAGAUCUAAGGGACUUCGUGCAUGGAGAGAUUCUCAGGGUCUUGCAUCUAAACUGUAUAGCUUUAAACAAGAUCCUAAAUCAAUUAUGAUAGAAACAAAGAAUGGAGAGCGAUUGGUUGAUGCACAAACAGAUGGCAAUUUAUCUCGAACUGAGUCUGGAUCAUCUAAUGCAGAUGAAAUUCUUAUUAGCUUGACGAGAGGUGGGGAGAUAGAUUCUCUUCCGGAUCUUCAAGACCAGGUGCUAUGGUUGAAGGUUGAAUUGUGCAGGCAGCUUGAGGAGAAAAGAUCUGCUGUUCUCAGAGCUGAGGAAUUGGAGACAGCCUUAAUGGAGAUGGUGAAGCAGGACAAUCGACGCCAAUUGAGUGCCAAGGUUGAGCUGUUGGAGCAAGAGAUUACUGAGCUUCGCCAAUCUCUUUCUGAUAAGCAGGAACAAGAAAAUGCCAUGCUCCAGGUCUUAAUGCGAGUAGAACAAGAGCAAAGGUUAACAGAAGAUGCUCGCAGAUUUGCAGAGCAAGAUGCAGCAGCUCAGAGAUAUGCUGCUCAAGUGCUUCAGGAAAAAUAUGAGGAUGCAACUGCUGCACUAGCUGAUAUGGAGAAGAGAGUGGUUAUGGCUGAAUCAAUGUUGGAGGCUACUUUGCAAUAUCAAUCUGGACAACUUAAAGCACAGCCUUCGCCUAGAUCUUCUCGUCCUGAUUCACCUGCACAAAGCAAUCAAGAUAACACACAAGAAAUGCCUGCAAGAAAGAUUAGUCUGCUAUCCCGACCAUUUGGACUUGGUUGGAGAGAUCGCAACAAGGCAAAGCCCGAGGAGAUGACCAAUGAUGGAAAGUGUACAAAUGAGGAGGUACAGGAUCCCAGCACAGAGCAGAAAGAUAAGGAUACAAAUGGCCAUCAAUUGCAAGAAAAGGAGUAGAGGAAAGCAAGAUGUACAAAGAUGCCCUUACAAAUGUCGCCACACUGUUCGCUUGGUAAUUGGUAUGUUUCCUUUCCUAGUCCAUGUCACUUCUAGGGCACUGCCGAGACGUAAUAUUCUUAUAUAAUAUAUAUAUUUUUUGGAAUUAGGUGACCAAUUCUAUAGCUUCAUUGUUUCUUUCUUUGUUCAUUAUGUAGACGAAAUAUAGUUUAGGGGAUGAGGAGUUCAUAAGAAAUGUGAGUUCAUUUAUGCAAUUGUAAAAUUUUUUUUUCCCAAUUUCAUUCGAGUAAUAGUUCUUGGUGGGAACCUCUAAACUGAGGGCUUAAACGAUUUUGAUUUACCAUUUUAAGAUACAUAUAGUGCGAUAUUCUUUCUGUUAUAUAUUAUUCAGUCUUGCUGUC